AUGAUAUUCCACAAGAUACUAUUCCUAGCCUUUGCAAGCCAUGUUCUCAGCGCCAUAGUAUUAGAACGAGGAACCAAGAGCCUGCUCUCCUCCUCUUCCUCCUCCUCAACCUCCACCACCCUCCCCAACGCCACCAACACCACCAACGGCGAUUUCUCCUCCAGUGCCCUCGCCGCAACCGCCACCUGCGGCAGCGGCAACCUACCCCGCGCCGCCACCAAACGCGCACGCUCCAUGCUCCAAAGCAACACGACCGGAACCUGCGCGACCAUCUUGCCCGGGUGGCCCUGUUUCGGGACCGGGAUCCAAGGCAGCGAUGAUUCCUUUUCGGGGUUGACGAGUUCGUUUCGGCCUACUGUGUAUUAUGGGACGAUUGCAUUUCUGUGCAAUUUGGGGGAGGGGCCUAUGGGAACGACGGGGUUGGAUGUUGAGUUCUUGGAUGGGUUGAUCUUUCAGAAGCAUUGUGCGAAUUUUACGCCGGCGGUGUUGGUUAGUGAGGGGGAGUGGGCGUAUGGGUUUUUGGAUGUCAAGACGGUGGGGGCGGUGGGGCAGGGGAGGGAGUUGUGUAGUCUUGUUAUGAGUGGAGUGGUGGCUUAUCCGGAGCCUAUGGAGUAG